AUGGCACGCCGAGAAAUUUGCAAACGUGUGACUAUGGACUACAUGCCGAUUUCUCAACGGAUGGGAUGUUUCAGUUCUUCAGCAAGCUAUUGGCACUUGCAACCACGACGGUGGAAGUGUUCGCCAAUCCAUCUCUAUCUGAACACUGUCACGGACGGGUGUCUGGUAGAACCAUCAGUCGAAGAACAGGCUGGUGGAUGGCUACCUGCUCUACCAGGCUGUAAACCCACCCAAUCAGGGCCAAACAACGCGGCACUCAAGACCGGCUGUGGAGCCCCCACGGAGAUCGGAUCACCACUGCAUUACUAUACCGACCUUACUGAUGAGCUGGGCUGGGAAUGGAUUGGCUGUGCAGUCGAUAAUGCAGGCGCUGUCAGGACUCUUACGGGCUCCAGCUUGGGUGGCUCGGACAUGACAGUCAAGAAGUGCAUUUCGAACUGUAAAGCUGCAGGACAUACUCCGUAA